AUGGCCAAGCACCAUCCCGAUUUGAUCAUGUGCCGCAAGCAGCCGGGAAUAGCCAUUGGCAGGCUGUGUGAGAAAGAUGACGGCAAAUGUGUGGUUUGUGAUUCGUACGUGCGCCCUUGCACGCUCGUGCGCGUGUGUGAUGAAUGCAACUAUGGUUCUUUCCAAGGCCGGUGUGUGAUUUGUGGAGGGGUCGGGAUUUCGGACGCGUAUUAUUGCAAGGAGUGCACGCAGAUGGAGAAGGAUAGAGACGGGUGCCCGAAGAUUGUUAAUUUAGGAAGCGCGAAAACCGAUUUAUUCUAUGAGAGGAAGAAGUACGGAUUCAAGAAGAGGUGA